AUGCUGCAGUGGAGUAAAGUACACAAGACUCAACUGACGACACUAUCUGGACGACAGACUUCGACCAUGGAACAUCUAGCAUCUGAUAUUCUUGCAAACAUCGAAAGGCUGGGAGGUGGGUAUCUCGAUCGGCUCCCGAGGAAAAGAAACUGACCGGAGGUAUGGCGAGUAACAUGGUCAGUUUUGGAGCUGAAUUUGAGGACUAUACACAAUGGAAGAGGUUGUCAUGCUGCAACUCAACCAGAGCACUUAAUGGAGCACCCUCUGGGUUUACCAGAUUUGGGUAUGUUGAGCGACCUUCCCAACACGCUGGAGGUCCAAAUCGGCAUUUUUCCAGCCACAUCAGACAUCCUCAAGGUCAACGAGGAGAAAACAAAGUCUGCAAGCAGGGAAAUGUUCAUUUUGGCUGAGCUGAUAGAAACUGAGAAGGCUUACGUGCGAGACCUGCGUGAGGGCAUUGAUAAUUGCAUGAGGGAGAUGUUGACCCAAGAGAAGAAGAUCCCUGUAGGACUAACCAAUAUGGAGCACGUCAUCUUCGGGAACUUGCUGGAACUGUAUGAAUUCCAUCAUGAGAUCUUUCUCAAGGAACUGGAAAAACAUGCAAACGUCCCUGAAGAUGUCGGACAUUGCUUUGUCAAAUGGGCUGAGAAGUUCCAGUUAUAUGUGGACUACUGCAAAAACAGUGACAAGUCCACUCGGCUCAUCAUGGAGCACACUGUCAACUAUUCUAAUAAAAUUCAGGAGAAGCAUGGACCGGCAUUCUCUGUACAAUCCUUCCUCAUUAAGCCAAUACAGAGAAUGAAAAAAUAUCCGCUCCUGUUAAAGAAUCUCCUCGAGUGCUGUGAAGAUGGGAAAGGCAUACUCAAGGAAGCCCUGGAGGUAACUCUCAGCAUUCCUAAUAGAGCCAACGAUGCCAUUCAUUUCUCCAUGCUGGAAGGUUUUAAUGAGAGCGUUGAAUCCCAAGGUGAACUACUCCUACAGGGGUCAUUCAAAAUGUGGGAUACGAAAUUACCAUUUUUCAGGGGGAAGAAUAGACACCUCUUUCUCCUGAAAAAGUCCUUGGUGGUCUGCAAGGAGGUCAAGGAUGCCAAAGGCAUGACGAAAUACAUGUACAAGAGAAAACUUAACCUAGCUGAUAUGAAGCUGACAGAACACCUUAAGGGAGAUCAUGGCAAGUUUGUUCUUGGAGUGGGGCGCACCUGGAUGUUCAGCAAAAUAAUUGUUCUUAAGGCGUCAACAAUUCAAACCAAGCUGGACUGGAUCGAGCAUAUCCAGAAGAUAAACAAGGAGCACACCCUCCACCUGACGGGGACACUCAAAGAGCCGAACAGUAUUCCUAAAGCCAUCACAGCAAAGCUCUGCAAGAGCCAAAGGUGAAGGGUAUAAACUUCAGUGGCUUCGAGGAUUCCAUCAAAGUGGCUGUCUGUUUUUUUUUUUUUUUGGGGGGGGGG